AUGGCUGCUAUCUACGUGGUGUUCAUGAUCUUGUCGGGUCUUGCACUUGAAUUCCUCCGCUACGAGACCCCCGAAAAUUUCGACGUGUCCGAGAAGCCCAUCAAGGACGAAAUCUACACGAGGAUGGAGACGCCCAAGAACAACAUAUCAGCGGCGACGGAGGACUGCGUUGUGGGCUUUCAGUCGACCGCUCAGGAGAAGAACUUCGUGCCAGUGACCAUGGCUUUACAAGACCUUCACUACUUCGUGCUGGAUCCCCACAACCCCAAGGAAUCUCUCGAGCUGCUACAGAAGAUCAACGGGUUUGCUGUGCCCGGGUCCAUCACGGCUCUCAUGGGCUCGUCGGGUGCAGGCAAGACGACGCUAAUGAACGUAAUCGCAGGACGUAAGACUGGCGGGAAGAUCACCGGCAGAAUACUGUUGAACGGCUACGAAGCGAACGACCUCGCCAUCCGUCGGUGCACGGGCUACUGUGAGCAGAUGGACGUGCGCUCGAAGGCUGCUACGAUCCGCGAGGCGUUGACGUUCAGCUCGUUCCUCCGCCAGGAUGCCUCGAUCUCGGACGACAAGAAGUACGACUCGGUCAACGAGUAUAUUGAGCUCUUGGGUUUGGAGGACAUCGCGGACCAGAUCAUCCGCGGCAGCUCAGUCGAGCAGAUGAAGUGCUUGACUAUCGGCGUGGAGCUCGCUGCUCAGCCGAGUGUCAUCUUCCUGGACGAACCUGCCAGUGCCUGGACGCUCGCUCGGCGAAGCUCAUUAUGGACGGGUCUGCUGCUGCGGAAGCGUGGAGGCGUGACGGUGUUCUACGGGGACUUUAGCCGUGAUUGCUGUAACUUGAUCGAGUACUUCGAGGGUAUCCCGAGGGUGUUUUCCCUCCCUCUUGGCUACAAUCCCGCGACGUGGAUGCUGGAAUGUAUUGGAGCCGGUGUAAACAACGCGGCGGGUAACCAGACGGACUUCGUGAACUACUUCAACGCCAGUGCGCUGAGUGAGGCUCUGAACAGCAACCUCGCCAAGGAAGGCAUCACCACGCCCUCCCCGGACCUACCAGAGAUGAUCUUCGCCGACAAACGUGCAGACAACUCGGCGACGCAGAUGAAGUUUGUCGUGACCCGAUUCAUCCAGAUGUACUGA